AUGGCCUUUGAGGCCUCUCAGGCACCAGGCCGCCCAGUGGCUAUUCCGAUAUCCUUUACCAUGUCCCCGCGCGAUAAGCAACCCGAGCCAGUCCAGCCCGAGGCAAUCCAAAGCUCCCAGGAAUACAUCCAGCAUCUUCGGAACCUCGUUCAUGUCCGCUCCGACCUGCAGAAAUCCGGCUAUGUCGUGCACCAGCUUUCACAGGAUGACCUGAACCGCAAGCGGAGGUGCGGUCGUUGUGGACGUCAUCUCCCUCACAAGAUGAAGAGGCUCAUGUGGCUGCAAAAGACGCCCGUUCGAGGCAAGGACGAGGAUAAGGACGGUCCUAGCGAGCCGAUCGACAACUCUGUUCAGGGAGGCACUUCAAAGAAGGAUAAGGAGGCGGCCUUGCAAUGCAGGCAUCAUCCAGGAAAAAAAUGGACCUGCUGCGACGGUUUGCCUGGUUCGCCUCCAUGUCGAGCAUUCCAAGAGCAUAAGCCAAAAGUCUACGCCGCUGGGGAGCUGGAAAGGGAAUGGAAAUUCUAUCCCACGCCCUUUGACUGCACUGGUGGCUCCCCAGCAGUCGCCGUGGUCAUUGACUGUGAGAUGGGCACAGCUAUGACGGGCGAGUCCGAAUUGAUCCGCGUGUCUGCCAUCGAUUACUUCUCCGGCAAAGUCCUGCUCGAUAAGCUUGUGUAUCCUGACAUUAAGAUGCUUCACUACAACACAAGGUACUCGGGCGUCAGUAGGCAGGAUAUGGAAGAAGCACGACGUGCGCGGUCGUGCCUGUUCGGACGUGCCAGCGCAAGACAGGCCCUCUGGGAGUUUAUCGACCCCGACACCAUCGUCAUCGGACACGGCUCCAACUCUGAUCUCACCUGUUUGCGCUGGAUUCACCCGGCCAUCAUCGACACUCACCUGGUCGAGAAGGCAAACAGGCCUCCGGAGGAGGUCAAGCAAACAGCGCAAGAACGGGAGACCCAGGUCGGCGGUGUGCAGCUUGAGAACGAGGGAGCAAACGGUCAACAAGGACCUCGUGAGAAUGUCCCUGCAGUGCCGAGGCAAAAAGGGGGGCUAUCACUGAAGGCACUGGCGAAAGAGAGGCUGGGGCGAGAGAUCCAGACUAAGGGCCAGGGACAUGACAGCGUGGAGGAUUCAAUCGCAACAAGAGACGUUUUGCACUGGAACGUCUGCCAGAUGCUCGCACGCCUGGCCGAAGGAUGA